CAUAACUCAGGUGUUAGUGGUUACGCUAAAACUCACUCUUCCACUAUUACAUGACUUGUUACUGCUGCAUAACUAUUUACAGGUGUUGCGACUGCUUAAGAUGUUGUGGAAGGAGAGAUCCAAGGCCUCGAACUGUUUGGCUCGGCCAUCCAGAAAAAAGAGAACAGAGGUACCCUCGGAAUGUGAUCAACAACCAGAAAUACAACUUCUUCACUUUUUUACCAGGGGUACUGUUUAACCAGUUCAAGUAUUUCUUCAACCUCUAUUUCUUAUUUCUGGCCUGUUCCCAAUUUGUUCCUGAAAUGAGGCUUGGUGCACUUUACACAUAUUGGGUUCCACUGGGUUUUGUGCUUGCUGUUACCAUCAUCCGGGAGGCUGUGGAAGAGAUCCGAUGCUACAUGCGCGACAAGGAAGUGAACUCCCAGAUCUACAGCAAACUCACAGCAAGAGGGACUGUCAAAGUGAAAAGCUGCAACAUUCAAGUGGGUGAUCUGAUAAUUGUGGAAAAGAACCAGCGAGUCCCUGCCGACAUGAUCUUCCUGAGGACAUCAGAAAAGAAUGGGUCUUGCUUCCUCCGUACGGAUCAGCUGGAUGGUGAAACAGACUGGAAGUUACGCCUACCGGUUACUUGCACUCAGAGGCUGCCCACGGCUUCGGACCUUCUUCAAACCCGGUCAUAUGUAUAUGCAGAGGAACCCAACAUUGACAUACACAACUUCGUUGGAACAUUCACUAGGGAAGACAGUGACCCUCCUGUGAAUGAAAGCUUAAGCAUCGAAAAUACCCUGUGGGCUAGCACCGUCAUUGCUUCAGGAACAGUUGUGGGAGUUGUUCUGUACACUGGUCGGGAACUGCGCAGUGUCAUGAACACAUCAAAUCCACGGAGUAAGAUUGGCCUCUUUGACUUGGAAGUGAACUGCCUCACCAAGAUCCUUUUUGGGGCUUUGGUAGUGGUCUCCCUUGUGAUGGUGGCUCUUCAACAUUUUGCUGGCCGGUGGUACCUUCAGAUCAUCAGAUUUCUCCUUCUUUUUUCAAAUAUAAUUCCUAUUAGUUUACGUGUGAAUCUUGACAUGGGGAAAAUAGUUUAUAGCUGGAUGAUCCGGAGGGACUCAAAAAUUCCUGGCACUGUGGUUCGAUCCAGCACAAUCCCAGAGCAAUUAGGAAGAAUAUCCUAUUUACUUACAGAUAAAACAGGGACUCUCACACAGAAUGAGAUGGUCUUCAAACGCCUUCAUCUUGGAACAGUGUCUUAUGGAGUAGAUUCUAUGGAUGAAGUUCAGAGCCAUAUCUUUAGCAUCUAUACACAGCAAUCCCAUGAGCCACCUGCUUCAAAAGGCCCUACUCUGGCUACCAAAGUCCGCAAAACUCUCAGCAGCCGUGUCCAUGAAGCAGUGAAAGCCAUUGCUCUCUGCCACAACGUAACUCCUGUCUAUGAAUCAAAUGGUGUCACAGAUCAGGCUGAGGCAGAGAAACACUAUGAAGAUUCUUGCAGGGUGUACCAAGCUGCUAGUCCUGAUGAGGUGGCCCUGGUACAGUGGACUGAAAGUGUAGGCUUAACACUGGUGGGCAGAGACCAGUCUUCUGUGCAGCUGAGGACUCCUGGUGGCCACAUCUUAAACUACACCAUCCUCCAGAUCUUCCCUUUUACUUAUGAAAGUAAACGAAUGGGAAUCAUUGUUCGGGAUGAGUCUACGGGGGAAAUAACAUUUUACAUGAAAGGGGCUGAUGUGGUAAUGGCCGGCAUUGUUCAGUACAACGACUGGCUCGAAGAAGAGUGUGGCAAUAUGGCAAGGGAAGGGCUGAGGGUCCUUGUGGUAGCAAAAAAAUCUCUGACAGAGGAACAAUAUCAAGACUUUGAGGCACGCUAUGUCCAAGCAAAGCUGAGCGUCCAUGACCGCUCCUUGAAGGUAGCAACUGUGAUAGAGAGCCUAGAAAUGGAGAUGGAACUGCUCUGUCUGACUGGAGUAGAGGAUCAACUGCAAGCAGAUGUCAGACCUACUCUGGAAACUCUGAGAAAUGCUGGGAUUAAGGUAUGGAUGCUUACAGGGGAUAAACUAGAAACAGCCACAUGUACAGCUAAGAAUGCACAUCUGGUAACCAGGACCCAGGACAUUCAUAUAUUUAGACUGGUGACAAACCGUGGAGAAGCUCACUUAGAACUCAAUGCCUUUCGCCGCAAGCAUGACUGCGCCCUUGUCAUUUCUGGCGAUUCCUUGGAGGUGUGCUUGAAAUACUACGAGUAUGAAUUUAUGGAACUAGCAUGCCAGUGUCCAGCAGUGGUCUGCUGUAGAUGUGCCCCAACACAGAAGGCUCAGAUUGUACGCUUGCUACAAGAGCGAACUGGGAAGCUGACCUGUGCAGUAGGUGAUGGUGGGAAUGAUGUCAGUAUGAUUCAAGAGGCAGACUGUGGAGUCGGGGUUGAAGGAAAGGAAGGCAAGCAAGCUUCCCUUGCCGCAGACUUCUCCAUCACGCAGUUUAAGCAUCUGGGCCGGUUGCUGAUGGUACAUGGGAGAAACAGCUACAAAAGGUCGGCAGCUCUCAGCCAGUUUGUGAUCCACAGAAGCUUGUGCAUUAGUACCAUGCAGGCUGUUUUCUCUUCAGUGUUCUACUUUGCUUCGGUUCCUCUCUACCAAGGCUUCCUCAUUAUUGGGUAUUCCACCAUCUACACCAUGUUCCCAGUUUUCUCUCUUGUAUUGGACAAAGAUGUCAAAUCAGAAGUUGCCAUGCUGUACCCAGAGCUCUACAAAGAUCUUCUGAAGGGAAGGCCAUUAUCAUACAAGACAUUUUUGAUAUGGGUUUUGAUAAGUAUUUACCAAGGCAGCAUCAUCAUGUAUGGGGCACUCCUGCUAUUUGAAUCUGAGUUUGUCCACAUAGUGGCCAUUUCUUUCACAGCGUUGAUCCUAACUGAGCUGUUGAUGGUGGCGCUGACAAUCCAGACAUGGCACUGGCUCAUGAUAGUGGCAGAAUUACUCAGCCUUUCCUGCUACAUCGCUUCGUUGGUCUUCCUGCAUGAGUUUAUUGAUGUUUACUUCAUUGCAACCUUAUCAUUCCUGUGGAAGGUGACAGUAAUCACCCUGGUCAGCUGUCUUCCUCUCUAUGUCUUGAAGUAUCUGAGACGAAGGUUUUCUCCUCCAAGCUAUUCAAAACUCACAUCCUAGGUGGUUCCACUUGUGAAACAGAGACUCUCUUGUUUGGUUUUGCACCGUGCUCACAGAGAAAAUAAGUACAUGUUUGUCAUAAUAACAGCUACAUCCGACGGUUGCAUAAGGUUCAUGCAUAGGCUGGUAAAUGUUGCUGAAAGACUAAAAUAAUAUGGAAUUAAGCAGAAACCCAGCAAUCAAGUAAGCCAGCAGAACCAACAUAAGUGAUCCAGUUUUGUCACUUUAUAUUUAUUAAACCAAGUUAAAUGCAUGUAACAUGAAAGAGAAGCUGUCUUCCAGUGAGCAGUCAGCUUCUCUGGAAACUGCUAAGUAAGGUAGUGAUAGGAUUAAAAAAAAAGAAGAAAUACCUUUUUUUUACAUUUUCCCUCAUACUUUUUUAUAUUACUGUUAAUCUUUUUUUGUUGAGGUUGUAGUUAUUUUGUACGUCUUCUGGGGAAAUACUACCAAAUGGGUGACAUUCUGUUUAACAGGCAACUGUUGAUAUGUGAUGCCAUGGAGAUUAUUUUGAUGACCUCUAGUGCAAACCAGAAUUUGAAAUUCCAACUAGUUUAAUUUUUUUAAAAUCAACUUUCAUGAAUAUUGAGAACAAUUCACCGUGAUUCCCUCCUGCUGUAAUAUUGUCCAAUUAUUUUAAAGGGAAUUUGUGUUGUUGGAAAAGGGAAAAAAAUGUCUGUUUUAGAAAAAUUCAGAGCUGCUGUUUUCAUUGGAAGAGACUUUUUGUGGCAUUUAAACUGGUGUCUUAGAGUGUCCCAUGAAAAAGCAAACAUGAGGUAGGUGUCCAGCUAUUGGCUGUUGAUGUGACAUUGGGAGACUAUUUGCAGCAAAGAAUCAGAAGGCGGGAGCCUUAUCACUUAGCCCUCAGCCCCUCUCCCGGAAUGUUCUCCCCAUGUUUCACCCACAGUAGACUCUGGGAAUGAAAAUAAGCUUGGCUAUAAAAAUAAAGACCACUUCCACCUGUUGAUGCUUCUCUGCAAAUGUCCCACCCCUGUAUUACUAAUGACUGAGAAAUAUACAUUUGCUUAGGUGGAUAUAUGCUCCACUCUAACAUGCAGAUUCCAUUAGUGCAGAUUAAAUCAAGUUGAUUCAAUACAAUAUGCAGGAUAAUGAACCCUAUUAAAUGUCUCUGAACAAUAUUGUUAAGGGCCUGCCAUUUCCUUUGGUUGUUUCCAAGGCUGCUGGAUAUAUACAGUACGAUAAGGUAUCAUGAGAAUUAGGACUGGGAAAAGACACCAGGAAAUGGCAAAUAUUACAGUACAGUACAUAUGAUUGCCCCACAUCGUGACUCAGAAGAUGGAGCUUGGAUGGCUGACUGCUGUUUCACGAAACAAAUUUUCUUCAGUGUUUUGAAAGAAAACCUGCUGCUAAUCGUCCUUUUUGUAACUAUCUUUAACAUUAUUUCACGGAAACAUUUACCCAUAUUAUAAAUCAGUGGACAAGAAAGGAAAGGUCAUGGGAUUCUUAUGUUCUUGAAAAUGUUUACUCUUAAAUCCGCAUGUUCAUAUUUAGUAUUGGACAGUACCAAUCAAACUGCAGAAUCACAUGUCUGGAUCUCACCUUUGUCCCCAUUUAUCUGUCAUUGUAUAUUAUGGAAAACUCCUGAAAAGUUGCAUUUGUGUGCCAUAAGAGUGCUUUAAAGUCGAUCACUGGAGGAAAAAGUAAGCACACAAUUGGAAGAUACAUGAUAUGUAUAAGUUGACCUGGGAGGAGUGGUUUUCAGUUGCAAACGAUCUUGCCACCAUCAAAAGAAUCCUUGGCAAAUAGUUUAAACAGAAAGGGAAGCUGGCUGAUACACGUAUCUUUGAAAUGCCAUUUUAGCAGCAGGAGCUCAUCAACCCCAAGGCAUCUCUUUUCCAUAUACUGUAAGUUCAAACAGUAGUUACCUCUUACAUUU